UGUGGGCGGCGCGUGAACGCAGCGUCUCUCCUCUCGCGCGCUGUGAUCCUACAGUGAAUGAAGCUCUAGCGUGGGAAAGACGAACAGGAUACCCGAAGCACUGACAUGGCUCCACUGUAACAUCGCUGCAAUAGCUGCUACUGCGUUCUCCACAGAUCAGCGUUCCUCCACCGUUAACUGCAGCACGAUUAAAGCCUGAAGACGAUGCGUCUGAUCGCAGUCAAAUCACAUCUGUUCAUCGCGCAGCUGUGGCUCAUCUGUCACACAGAUCUGGCCGUGUCGUACCUGAGAGGUCAGCGCAGACUCGCCGAGGACGUCGACUGGUCUUACACAGGGGCCCUGAACCAGAAGCACUGGGGAAAGAAAUAUCCGGUGUGUGGCAAUGCCAGGCAGUCUCCUAUUGACAUCAGUGAGGAGUUCACGCAGGUCAGGGUUCAGUACCAGAAUCUGCAGCUGGAGAACUGGGAUCAACCAACCACUGAAUCCACCACCAUCACCAACGACGGCAAAACAGUGAUAAUCAGUCUGAACGGUCAGUACUUCAUAAGCGGAGGUGGGCUCAGAUCCAGGUUUAAAGUGGGCAGGAUCACGUUCCAUUGGGGCCGAUGUAACGCCACUUCAGACGGAUCUGAACACAGUCUGAAUGGAAACAGGUUCCCCCUGGAGAUGCAGAUCUAUUGUUUUGAUGACGAGGAGUUUGAAUCCAUCGACGAGGCGAUAAGUAGCGGAGGAAAGCUUACUGCUGUAGCUGUCCUUUUUGAGGCCAGUAUUGAAGACAACCAGGACUAUGCAGCCAUCAUUGAAGGAGUAAACAGUGUGAGCCGAUUUGGUAAAAGCAACCCUCUGGAAGCGUUUUCUCUGCUGGCUCUGCUUCCUCAGUCCACCGAAAAAUACUUCAUGUACAACGGCUCACUGACCGCGCCGCCCUGCUCCGAGAACGUGGAGUGGAUCGUGUUUAAAAACACAGUGGCCAUCUCAGAAACACAGCUGGAGGUGUUCUGUGAUGUUAUGACCAUACAGCAGGCCGGAUACGUCAUGCUGACCGACUACCUGCAGAACAACUACAGAGAACAACAGCAGCAGUUCAUGGGACAAGUGUUCUCGUCCUACACCGGCACAGAGGAAGUUCCUGCACCCAUUUGCAGCACUGAGCCGCAGAACGUGCAGGCCGACUCUCAGAACUACACCGGGAUGGUGGUGACGUGGGAACGGCCGCGGGCCGUCUAUGACACCACCAUAGAGCGCUACUCCAUCACCUACCAGAGACUGCAGGGCAGAGACCCACCAAAACAGCAGUAUCUCACAGACGGAGACCAGGAUGUGGGAGCCAUUAUCCAUCAUCUGCUGGCGAACAGUAGCUAUGUUGUCCAGGUGGUGGCGCUCUGCACCAAUGGCUUGACGGGAAAAAUGAGUGACCAGGUUAUUGUGGACAUGCCUCUCGAAGACCCUGUAAAUGAGCUUGAUCCCUUUGGCGAUUUAACAGAAUCCGAGGACUAUAAUGAGGAAACAUCUCCACCUGUUUCCAAAUCUCCGCCGGGCCGAAACCCCAUCCGAGAUUCCGGGAGUUCCAUCUCAAUCACCACAGCAAAGGACCAACCAGGCUUCCUGUUCCCCGUGCUCAGAACCACUGCUGUUACAGUCCGCCGGAAAAUGACAGAGGAGUCUUCACUAUCAUGGUCACAUGACCAAAACAAGAGCAGAAACGAGACCAGACGACCACUGAACAGACUCCUUCCAGAGGACGGCGGCCAGCCUCCUCACGGCAACAUGCUGGUCACAGACGUCUACUAUGAGGACAGCAGCACAAAAACCACACCAGCUCAGGAUCAGGACCAAGAACCCUCAACCAUGACGGCCCACACUUCAAGCAGCACCACUGAAUCUGUAUUAAACACAAGCGCAGCAGCUAAUGCUAGCACUGCCAGCACUGGAUUGGCCUUUACAGCAUCUAUGAGGAUCGUUUCUCAGACCACUCAGCCCCUGUUUAACGAGGCGAGUAACAGCAGUCCGGAGUCUCGUGUCGGGAUGGUGGGAGGCGUAGAGAAAGAGAAGAGGACGGUUGUUCCCCUAGCUGUGGUUUCCACGCUCACUGUCCUGUGUCUGCUGGUGCUGGUGGGGAUUCUCAUCUACUGGAGAAGAUGCUUUCAAACAGCACAUUUUUAUGUAGAGGACAACAUUUCAGGCCGAGCCAUAUCAGCCCCAUCAACACCUCUUCUUCUGCCUACCGCAGAGGACAAUGAAGCUCUCCCGGUAAAGGAAUUUGUAAAACACGUUGCUGAUCUUCACAUGAAUCACACAUUCUCCAAAGAAUUUGAGAUCUUGAAAGAGUCUUACGAGGAGAUUCAGAGCUGCACGGCAGACAUCAGCAUCACUACGGACAGCUCCAACCAUCCAGACAAUAAGAGCAAAAACAGAUACAUUAACAUCCUGGCCUAUGAUCACAGUCGAGUUAAACUCUUGCAAAACUCUGACAAAGAUGGAAAGACAGGGGACUACAUUAAUGCCAACUUUGUGGAUGGCUACAAUCAGCCGAAAGCAUAUAUAGCCGCCCAGGGUCCACUGAAGGGCAGUCUGGAAGACUUCUGGAGGAUGAUAUGGGAGCAGAACGUGGGUGUGAUUGUCAUGAUCACUAACCUGGUGGAGAAGGGCCGGAGAAAAUGUGAUCAGUAUUGGCCCUUGGAGAAUCAGGAGGACUAUGGCUGCUUCCUAAUCACGCUGAAGAGCACCAAAACUCUUGCCUACUACACGCAGAGGACGUUCACCUUGAGGAACGUUAAUGUCAAGAAGGGCUCACAGAAAGGCCGCAGUCAGGAGAGGACAGUGCUUCACUUCCAUUACACUCAAUGGCCCGACAUGGGGGUCCCAGAAUACACUCUGCCCCUGCUGUCGUUUGUUCGGGCGUCCUCACAGGCCAGGACCAAUGAUAUGGGGCCUGUGGUGGUGCACUGCAGUGCCGGUGUGGGAAGAACAGGAACCUACAUCGUGAUCGACAGCAUGCUGAAGCAGAUAAAGGAGGAAAACACAGUGAACAUCAUGGGAUUCCUCAAACACAUUCGGACCCAGAGGAACUAUCUGGUGCAGACUGAGGAGCAGUACGUCUUCAUCCAUGAUGCUCUAGUGGAGGCCAUCAGAAGUAAAGAGACUCUGGUCUCGUCCAGUCACAUCCACACAUAUGUGUCUGAUCUCCUCACACCAGGACCUACAGGAAAGACCCGCCUGGAGAAACAGUUUAAGCUGGUCAGUCAGAGCUGUGCAAAACCCAGCGAUUACACAGCGGCUCUGAAAGAGCUCAACGCAUCAAAAAACAGGACGUCUUGUCUUAUGCCUGUGGAGAGGUCAAGGGUCAGUCUGUCUACAGGUCCUGGAGAAUCAUCAGACUACAUCAAUGCGUCUUAUUUAAUGGGGUACCAUCAGAGCCAGGAGUUCAUCGUUACCCAGAAUCCUCUGCCAAACACCACACAGGACUUCUGGAGGAUGAUCUGGGAUCAUAACGCACAGAUCAUAGUUUCUCUGCCAGAUACACAGAGCUCGAGCAGAGAAGGAGAGUGUGUGUACUGGCCCACUAAAGAUCAGCCAAUCAGCUGCGAGACCUUCACUGUGACCUUCAGAGGUGAGGACAAACUGUGCCUGUCCAAUGAGGAGUCACUCGUGAUACAGGACUUCAUUUUGGAGGCCCUGAAGGACGACUAUGUGCUGGAGGUACGGCAGUACCAGAGCCCUCGCUGGCCGAACCCGGACAGUCCCAUCAGCAGCUGCUUUGAGCUCAUCAACAUGAUCAGAGAAGAGAGCUCGCGGCGAGAGGGACCCGCCAUCAUCCAUGAUGGGUCUGGAGGGACGAGUGCUGCUUUACUCUGUUCACUGACCACCCUGGUUAACCAGCUGGAGGAGGAGAACAGUGUGGACGUCUAUCAGACCGCCAGAAUGAUCAACCUCAUGAGACCGGGCAUCUUUAAUGAUAUUGAUCAGUAUCAGUUUCUCUACAAAGCGAUCCUGAGUUUGGUGAGCACCAAGGAGGACGAGAGAGCUCUUCACUACUCGGAAAACAACGGCACGGUUCCCGCCAACCCCUCAGAAAGCCUGGAGUCUCUCAUGUAGCAUACAGAGCUCUGUCACACCUCACCCAAGGAAACGUACACUGAGUCAAGAGAAAGUCGUUUUUGAAGCCCUCCCAAAGUCUCUACACGGACUCUGUGGGUACAGGAUAUACUGUCAUUUGGUCUUUUAUUGUGCCUUUUUGUUACCUUUGUACUUUCAAAUUCUUUGAUAUGAUAUUAUUGUUGUAACUAAUGCCAAAAUUUCUACUCUUUGGAAAAGCAGUGACUGCUGUAUUGCUGGUGGUGUCUUAGGUUUAGUCGGACAUAACUGUUGAAGAAAUAUUUAUAAGUAGCAGGGCAGAUGAUUUCAUAUUGUAUCUAUUUUGGGGGUAAGAAAUCUUAGAUAUAAAAGCGUUCUUGAAAGUAGCCUCAUAGUACAGAAGAGAGAGGUGUGAUUCUAAUAUAUAAAACCAUCGGCCACACCAACAGACCAAAAUACAUUUAUAAGACUAGCGCUUCUUUUUUUUUUUUUUACUAUGUUUGUUAUUGUAGCAGUUUCAUUUUUAAUUGUAGAAAUUCAAGAUUUUUUUUUUUUUUAUUAACUUAGUUGAUAUGUUGUAAGAGACAUUUUCGUACGAUUCUAAUUUGUAAUGUUUAGAAGUCUUACUGCAUCCUUCUAGAUUUAAAUCAGCGCCGUUUCACAUCUCAAUAUCUCCAUAUUUACAGCUUUUAUUUAAAUUGUCUAAUCACUUAGGUGUUUUGUCAAGCAUUAACACAGGAUGUACUUGGAUAUAAGAAAGAAAGCACAGGCAAAAUAAACAAAACAGGAUUUCAUAUGCACAUCAUUUCUUCUAGUGCUUGCCAUUUCUUAACAUUGUAUUUUCUUCCACUGAGGUUCUAAACUGCAUAACCACAAAAUGUAUGCGAUUGAAUUGAAAUACUUUUGCAAAAGUGUCAGUAUGACAAUCUUUUUUUGUUUUACUGUUUACUAGUUCUUAUAAAAGUGACAUUGAGAGACUACAUAUUGAAAGCAUGUCAAACCAAAAGCAUAAAAAUGUAGAAACGUGAUCAAAUUGUUUUUCUGCCUUUUUAUGGAACUGAUCUAAAAAUGUAAUAUUUUGGUUGAAGCGUUUCAUGAUUCUUGUUAUACAUUUCUAUUUUCAAGUUAUUGAGAGACAACAUGUAAUAAUAACUAACAUUAAGUCUGUAGGCAAGUCAACUUACUGAAAGUAAAUAAAUGGAAAAGCAUUA